AUGAGUGAUGAGGAUAGUUGCUCGGCGAGCACGAGUUGGCGACAACCAACACCUCUUCCUACCGAUAUUCUCGAGAAACCUGCUAGGCUUCUUCCAAAAAUGAAGCUCGAAGAGCUUGUCACAGUAAUGCUAGUGACCGGUGCCCUCGUAUUCCAAAAUUUGCCGAUCGGCGUUUUCCUUUCGGCAGUGCUUGUCGUCUACAUUGCCGUCGUCCAUGGCGACUUCAUUUAUCGAUCCUAUCUGACGUUUAAUCGCGAUUUGACAGGUCUCGCGCUCAUUCUCAACGUCAAAUUCGAUUUGUGGUAUCGAUUGCACCAAAACAAAGGAAUCCAUGAGUUGUUCGUCGAGAUUGUCAAGAAGCAUCCAAAGAAAAUUGCAAUGAUUGACAUUGAGACGAAUCAGCAGCAAACAUUUGAGCAGUUCAAUGCUCAUUGCAACCAAUAUGCUAAUUACUUUCAGAGUCUAGGCUAUCGUUCUGGAGAUGUCGUGGCUCUUUAUAUGGAAAAUUCUGUAGAAUUUGUUGCUGCUUGGGUUGGACUUUCUAAAAUUGGCGUUGUGACAGCCUGGAUCAACUCUCAUCUGAAACGAGAACAACUCGUGCACUGCAUCACCGCCAGCGAAACAAAAGCCAUCGUCUGCAGUGCGACCCUUCAACACACACUUGCUGACGCGAUCGAUGAGAAGCUCAUCGAUGUGAGCGGAAUUCGAGUAUACACAGUUGGACAGCCCGCCCGAAGCGAAUUCGAAAAUCUAAAAGCUCGUCUUGACGUUCAGAGAAAAAACGAGCCGAAGAAGCUGGACGUCAUUGAUUUCAAAAGUGUCCUUUGCUUUAUCUACACCAGCGGAACGACUGGAAUGCCAAAAGCCGCUGUGAUAAAGCAUUUCCGAUACUACUCGAUUGCUGUUGGUGCUGCCAAAUCAUUCGGAAUUCGCUCACAAGAUCGAAUGUACGUUUCGAUGCCGAUUUAUCACACAGCUGCCGGUAUACUGGGAGUUGGUCAGGCGAUUCUCGGCGGGUCUUCGUGUGUAAUCCGAAAAAAGUUCUCUGCGAGCAAUUUUUGGAAGGAUUGUGUCAAAUAUGAUUGCACGGUCUCUCAAUAUAUUGGCGAAAUUUGUCGAUAUUUGUUAGCUCAACCAAUUGUUGAAGAAGAAUCAAGACAUCGAAUGCGACUGCUCGUCGGCAAUGGACUAAGAGCCGAAAUUUGGCAACCAUUUGUCGAUCGAUUCCGAGUUCGUAUCGGUGAGCUCUAUGGCUCGACCGAAGGAACAUCGAGUCUCGUGAAUAUCGACGGACAUGUCGGCGCCUGUGGAUUCUUACCGAUAUCGCCGUUAACAAAGAAAAUGCAUCCAGUGCGACUUAUUAAAGUUGACGACGUCACUGGCGAAGCAAUCCGGACUCCUGAUGGAUUAUGUGUCGCAUGCAAUCCAGGAGAAUCUGGGGCAAUGGUGUCGACGAUCCGUAAAAAUAACCCACUUCUGCAAUUCGAAGGAUAUUUGAAUAAAACAGAAACCAAAAAGAAAAUAAUUCGCGAUGUGUUCGCACGCGGCGAUAGUUGUUUCCUGACCGGUGAUCUGCUUCACUGGGACCGUCUCGGCUAUGUUUAUUUCAAAGAUCGUACCGGCGACACAUUCCGAUGGAAGGGCGAGAAUGUCUCAACAACCGAGGUCGAGGCAAUUCUCCACCCAAUUCGUGGUGUAUCUGACGCCACUGUUUAUGGUGUCGAAGUGCCGCAACGCGAAGGUCGCGCCGGAAUGGCGUCUGUCGUACGAGAUCCGACAUCGACAACGAACGAAAGCGACGAAGAAUUCGUGCGACGAAUCGGAGCACGACUGGCGUCUUCGCUGGCCACAUAUGCCAUCCCACAAUUCAUUCGAUUGUGCGAAGAUGUUGAAAAGACGGGGACUUUCAAACUGGUGAAAACAAACUUGCAAAAACGGGGAAUUUCGACAAAAGACUCAAGCGAUUCAUUGUACAUCUACGAUUCACGUAUACGCAACUAUAUUCCGUUUGAUUCUGCAAUUCGUGAGGAAGUUCUCGCCGGCACAUUUUCAUUUUAA